AAAGAUUGCCAAAGACAAAAGAUUACCUAACGAAAUCGAACCGAAUCGCUUAAAUUUAAUAUCGCGGUGGCGAGUCUAAUUUGAUUACAAUGCAGACUAUAUAUAAUCCGUAUUCGUUCUUACCUUCAAACGUUAAAAUGAAGUACUUGUGCCUGCUCCUUUUGGCCACGUCGGUGUCUUGCCGCUUCACCGACGACUUCUACCAACUUUUGGCCAAGAAGAAUGCAAACAAGAAUCUCAUUUCCUCUCCCCUUUCGGUCGAAAUCGCACUGAGCAUGGCCUACAUGGGAGCCAGGGGACAGACAGCCCAAGAAAUGAGGCAAGUGUUGAAACUGCCCGAGGACAGAAAGGAAGUGGCAGCCAAAUACAAGGAUCUUCUGACUGGACUCGAAGGUCGCGAGAAGGUAGCCAUUCUUAGUCUAGCGAACCGCAUAUACGUGAACAAUUUGUUCGAGCUAGUACCAGAGUACAAUCAGAUAGUCAAGGAUUCCUUUAAGGCUGAGGCGGAGGCAAUCAGCGUUGCUGAUCCCAACAAAGCUGCUUCAAUUGUCAAUGAGUGGGUAGAUAAUCAGACCCUUGGUAAAAUCAGAGACAUAGUUAAACCCGGAAACAUGAAGAAUCUGGUUAUGGUCAUCUUAAAUGCCAUUUACUUUAAAGGCCAGUGGGCGUCUGAGUUUAAUCCCAAGCGUACAAAGAAGGUAGAUUUUCGCAUUUCGGAUCAAAAGAGUGUUCCUGUCGAGAUGAUGAGACAAUUGGGAUCAUUUAAGGCUGCACAUAUUAGCGAAUUAGGUGCCAAGGUUAUCGAGUUACCCUACAGCAAUUCAAGCCUUUACAUGGUCAUCUAUCUACCAGAUAGGAUCGAUGGACUACCGGAGUUGGAGAAAAAGAUCGCUGGAUUCUCCCUGAACCUUGAUCGCACUAAAGUGUCUUUAAGGCUGCCCAAGUUCAAAAUUGAAUACUUUGGUCUUUUGAACGAUCAACUUAUAGCGUUGGGCAUUCAAGAUGCGUUCCAAAGUUCGGCUGACUUCAAUGAUCUGGUGGCGAAGCGUGGGGUUCAUGUGGGGAGUGUCGUCCAUAAGGCGUUCAUAGAGGUUAAUGAAGAAGGUGCCGAAGCAGCGGGUGUAACAUCAAUAGAAUUUGUACCUUUGAGUUUUAGUCCGAUACGGCUAUUGGAUUUUAAUGUCGAUCAUCCAUUUGCAUAUGUCAUUCGCGAUGAAAAGACCAUUUAUUUUCAGGGUCACUUUGUAAACCCGGCAUGAUAAAAGGUAUUCUGUUAUAUCAAUAAUAAUAUAACCUUUUACAUGGAAA